UACAAUGUGUUGCAACCACAAAUGAUAUAUCAGCUUUAAAUUAAAUGGAAGGCGUAAAAGAAUCUGAUGUUAGAACAGAUGAAGAAAGUCUUGAAGAUAUGAUGAUGAAGUUUGCAGAGAAACUGGACAAUGAUUUGGAGAAAAUAAACAAACAAUCAAUAAAUACCAAUAGCAGUCAGACUUCAGUUACCAUGGAAAUACAUACAGCUGCUGGAAAUGUGGUUACAGAGAGUGGUAGUGAUUCUCUUCUAUCCCUCAUGACAGAUUUUGCUGAGAAGUUGGAUAAGGAUACUGUUAAAUUAUCUUCUCCUACAGUUCAGCAAGCUUCCAAUAUUGAAACAAAUUCUUCUCUAGCUUCUUUUCUGGAUAAAGUUGCUGAUAAGAUGGACACAGAGAUCCUGACUAAAGAAACAUCUUCCAGGGAAUCUCAAGACUUACUACAAGAUAUGAUGAAAGAUUUGCAUAAAGGAAUAAAAAGUGGGGACUGGUUGAAUGAGAACACAGCAGAGAAAUGGGUCUCAGAAAAUCCAGAUUUGGCAAAGGAAUAUAUGGAAGCUGCAUCAGAGGGGCAUAACUCCUGACAGAACUGUUUGAUAAAUUAUUCAUAUACAUUGUAUCUAAAAGAAUAAAUGUAUUAUACAGUUAA